UGUAAGCGCACUCUUUAACCGGCUGGGUUGGGGGGAGGAGGGCUCACACUGGUCAGCAACACACAAGGAUUCAAUAAAAAAAAAUCCGGUCAGACCCACGCGGGAAGAAAAGCAACAGAACGCGUGUGAGCACAAUCCCGUCAUAAACCCAUCAAGCGGGGCUGAGCACAACGAGCCUGCUUUAAGAACUGCCCGGCAACAGAAAUUCUGUACCGAUCGAGGUUAAGCUCUAACCUAAACCAGCGAAACACGCCGGCUUCUACGAUGCUUCGAUUUGGAGGUUGUUCUGUCUUCUUGUGGGUGAGCUAUCUGGGUCUGGGUCCGGUUCGCGUGGUGGAAGCGGCUGCCUGCGAACCCAUCCGGAUCCCGAUGUGCAAACCAAUGCCCUGGAACAUGACGAAGAUGCCGAACCAUCUGCAUCAUAGUACCCAGGAUAACGCCGUGUUGGCCAUUGAGCAGUACGAGGGCUUGGUGGGUACCAAAUGCAGCCCCGUACUGCUCUUUUUCCUCUGCGCGAUGUAUGCCCCGAUCUGCACCAUCGACUUUCAACACGAGCCCAUCAAACCCUGUAAAUCGGUGUGCGAGAGGGCGAGGGAUGGCUGCGAGCCCGUCAUGAGACGAUACAACCAUACCUGGCCGGAAAACCUCGCUUGCGAGGAGUUCCCCGUCUACGACCGCGGAGUCUGCAUCUCCCCCGAAGCCAUUGUAACAGCCGACGCACCUGAAACAGCUCCCGACCUAUCAGUUCAUUCUUCUAAUAAUAACUGCAGGAACCUGGGAGGAGAUAGCUGCAGGUGCCCGGCGGUGAAGCUCACACAGAAAGUUUACCUGAAAAAUAACUACAAUUACGUUAUUCGGGCUAAAGUGAAGGAAGUCAAGAGUAAGUGUCACGACGUUGCCACCACAGUGGAAGUGAAAGACGUCCUGAAAUCGUCCCUGGUGAAUAUCCCGAAGGAAACAGUGACCCUUCACACCAGCUCAGCGUGUCUCUGCCCUGAAAUCAGAACUAACGAGGAGUAUGUUAUCAUGGGCUACGAGGAUGAAGAGCGGGCGAGGUUACUCCUGGUGGAGGGUUCCAUAGCCGUGAAAUGGAAGGACCGACUUGGGAAAAGAAUCAAGAACUGGGAUCAAAGGCUCCGUCAGGACAGAAGAAGGGGAAGAAGUGGCCAACAAAAUGGAGAGAAACGUAUACAACCCAGAGAUACAAGAGUCGCAUCCAGACAGAGGAAUAAAAGGAGGAAUGCUAAGCAAGCACGUCAGUAAACAUUUUGCACGAAAAGUCCUUUGGACAGUAUACAAAUGUCUGCAUUCUUGGAGUGGCACAAGGAAAUUGCACUAUUGCACGUAUGUCCUAAUAACGACUAUGAAAUUUAGCUAUUCUAUAACUUUGUCUUUUGUCCUUUUUGCACGAAUGUUAGUGUGAUAAGAUACAAAGCAGCAUCGAAUUCCUGCACUGUACUCGUUUGCCAAGACUGUCCCAGAGUAUGUUGGGGAGCGGAGUCAAUGAGCUGCUUUUAAUCCAAUGGUACACAUUUAUUGCGUUUCUAGGUUACGCAACCAUGAGACUGUGGUCACAUAUUCAGUGAAAGAAUGUCUGAACAAGGGUCUGCAGAGUGUGUGUAAGGAUCGGAAUGUUCAGGUAGAGUUGGUGUCUCGAGGCCAGGAUUGUACAGCCCCAAAACAGACUGUUGCAUGUCGGAUCUGAUGAGAAUAAAGAUGCCACAUCAGUGGCUCAGUUACAGCUAAGAAGCGUAGGAUGACCAGCAGCACUUGCAAAACAAACACUGGAUAUAACAUACCAAUAUUAUUGGUCGCUUGUUUAAUCAGCCUUAUCCAAUUAUAUCUACAAUUAGUAAUGAAGAAAAUGUACAAACUGCAAGAUGAUUGUGUGGUGGAAAGGAACAAUGCUUGCAUCAAAUUAGUUUUAAAAUUUUAUGUUUAUGAACUAUUAAAUACAUUACUUUGAAAAU